AUGCCGGCGGCUGCUGGCGACGGGCUCCUGAGCGAGCCCCCCGCGGCGAGCUUCGGCGACGGCGGCGACGAGCCCACGACGCCCCCCCUCAGCCCCGAGGGGACGUUCCUGGCCGCCUGGGUCAACGCCGCCCGCGUCCCGGAGCGGCUCCGCGAGUUCCAGCACACCAAGCGCGUGGGCAAUUACCUGAUCGGAAGGAAGUUGGGCGAGGGGUUCCUUCCAAAGUGCGGGGAAGGGCUGCACGUCGUGACCGGAGAAAAGGUGGCAGUGAAAGUUAUUGAUAAGAAAAGAGCCAAAAAGGACACCUAUGUCACCAAGAAUCUGAGGCGGGAGGGACAGAUCCAGCAGAUGAUCCGACACCCUUACAUUGCUCAGCUGCUGGAUAUCUUGGAAACGGAAAACAGCUACUACCUUGUUAUGGAGCUUUGCCCAGGAGGCAACCUGAUGCACAAAAUCUAUGAGAAAAAGAGGCUGGAAGAGCAUGAAGCACGCAAAUACAUCCGGCAGCUUAUCUUGGCUGUUGAACACCUACAUCGUGCAGGGGUGGUUCACAGAGAUUUGAAGAUAGAAAAUCUCUUGCUUGAUGACGACAACAAUAUCAAGCUUAUUGACUUUGGCUUGAGCAACUGUGCAAGUAUCUUGGGAUACACUGAUCCAUUCAGCACGCAGUGCGGUAGUCCAGCCUACGCAGCACCAGAGCUGCUUGCAAGAAAAAAAUACGGUCCCAAAAUAGAUGUUUGGUCCAUUGGUGUGAAUAUGUAUGCAAUGUUGACUGGGACACUGCCGUUUACUGUGGAGCCAUUCAGUCUGAGAGCACUGUACCAGAAAAUGGUAGACAAAGAAAUGAAUCCUUUCCCUACUCAGCUCUCCACAGCGGCUGUGAACUUCCUACGAUCUCUGCUAGAACCAGAUCCUACAAAGAGGCCAAACAUCCAACAAGCCUUAGCGAAUCGUUGGCUUAAUGAGAAUGGAAAAGUUCUGAAUAAUGUCACAUAUCCAAACAGAAUCCACAUAGAAGACAUCAGCCAGAGUGUGCUGCUUUACAUGACUGAAAAGCUUGGCUAUAAGAACAGUGAUGUGAUCAAUACCGUCCUCUCCAACCGGGCUUGCCACACUUUGGCCAUCUACAUCCUGCUUAAUAAGAAGCUGGAACGCUAUUUGGCAGGCCUUAGAAAGACAGAAGCUCCCGAUAAUGUGUACAUGAACCAUUGGUGUCGGAUAGAAAAAUACAAGUCAAACAAGGACACCUACGAGGACAAAAAGGCCAAGGAACAAGAAACGAAGGAAGAGCCUCUUCACCCACUUCUGAAGAAAUCUGAGAAAAAUUCCCCCACCUACAAAGAACCUCCUACCUGCCUUCUGACACAGAUACAGACUACAAAAGCUCUGCUGAAUGAUCACAAAGCUACCCAGGGUGGUGCACCAGAGAAAGAUUCUCCUGGUGGCUUGAGCCCCUUCCAUGAAUCAGCUACAGCCAAGACAGGCUGCGUCACCUCCUAUUCUCUGGAAUACCUUGAAAUCCAGCAACCUGUUCCAAGGACCCCAAGGCUCACCAAGCGGCAAGAUUCGCCUCAGCAAGAGCCCUCAAGCCCUGGCAGCCAGAAUUUGGAUUCUCCUUUAAUUCUGAACAUUGUGCAUUCUUUUGAAACCGGCGACAGAGAGGACCAAAUAGACCAAGUUUCUCCCACGCAUCAGUAUCGAAUGCUAAGCUCGCCAGUCAAUUUUGGUCGGAGAAGUUCCAGUGAAAGGACAUUGUCUCCGCUCUUCCAGCCAGGGGGAACUUCUCCCAGUCCUACUAAAAGUCCAGUUCAUCCUACUCAACUGUCCUUCACAUAUGACGAAAAGAGCAGUUCUUUUAGAGAGGAAGCUGUGUCUCCAACCCAGCUAAAUAAUGUCUCUAAUCCUCUGGGGAGUCCUAACUGUGUGAAAAGCAGAGGUCGAUUCCCCAUGAUGGGUAUUGGACAGAUGAUGCGGAAAAGGAAUCAGUCAGUAGGGUCACCAACAGAGAAGACGCUGGAAGCAAGAAUGCCUCAGCUGCAGCAAAUGAGCCCAACACAAAUUUCAUUCAAUAUAAUGGACCCUAUAAAUGGCCAGUGCUGAGGUGACUUUUCUGAAAAUCUAAAUUUGUGUAGUGCCGUUUUCUGGGACUUUCCCAUAGAAGUAGUGAAAUGUUUUUUUCUGUGUAUUUUGUUAUCACAUCCAAUAAGGAAAUCACAAGGCCACAUAUUUCAGUGGCCUAGGACUAGUGUGAUUGGUGGGAAAGGACAAAUAUUUCAAGUGAUGAAAUUACUCACUUUUGAAGAUCUGUGUAAUCUUCCCAAGCAGAUACUUUUUGGCUGUGUUCUAAUAUUGCACAUAAGUUUAUGUCAACAACAGACCACUGGACCUAACGACUUGCUUGGACGGUGAAAGAAGAAUUUGUUGAAUUGCCCUCUGGUUUGUAAAGCUGUGGUUGAUGUACUUGUCAGGCAAUAGUUCUCUGUUUCACAGGCAUAAGCACCAUUCGUAUUACUCAAAAACAGGAAAACUUAAGUUUUUUCGUAUUUCUGAAGCAAAUAUGUCUUAAGUCAUGUACAGAUGAAGAAGAAACAGACCUGAAAGGACUUGGCAUAAAAGCACAAAACCAGAGCAAGAUGCUAAUAACUGAAGCAGUUUUCACUGUCUAAUAAUUCCAAAACACCUAAAAUCAUUCUAUAUUUUUCCUAAAGGAAAUGUUCAUUUGUUAAGAGAUGCUACUAUAAAGAGACAUGAUCAUCUCAGAACUAGUUUGACUGUAAGGAAAUCUUUGUUCACAUUUUCCUCCUCAUCAUGAGACAAUAGCCCAUAUUUCUAAAUGCUAUGCUUUAAAAAAACAAACACCCGGUCAUCUGUAUAGCUAUGCCAUUUCUGUGAAACUGCCUUUAGAAAAAUUGUAUACUUUCAGUUUUAGCAAAACAGCAUUGGACAUACUUGAAAGUGUUGCUGAGAAACUCUGCACUGCAUUCAGAAGAGUUAUCAAAGGACACAUCUGCUAGCUCCAGUGCCAUUUGCAAAUGGCAGGAAUGGUAAUGCAGUUGUCAUCAAAAAUUUAGUAGUGCUACGAAGUGUGAUUAACUUUCGUAAAAGGCAAACAUGUUCUGUACUCUGCAGCUCUUUUUAUUUCACAGUAAAGAAAAUGUCUGAAUAAGAAAAUAGGGGUUUGUGCAAAUAAUUUGCUAUUAAUUUACAGGGUUUUAACCAAAGACUAUUCUAUGGUUUACCUGUUCCCUGCUAGUACAUGUUAUGUAUACAGGAUUGCUGAUAGUUGUUAACAUUAGACUAGCACGGUGGCAGAUUGUCACUAAUGGUUUAUGUGCUUCCCCUCUUCUUUAGCAUACACAGUAUCUAGAUGUUAAUGCCUUUAUAAAAGACAAAUCAGAAUAAGUGCUUUGGGUGGGGGGAAUUAUUGAGAGAUUGUUUUUAAAGGUAUGUUUCUGAGUCGUUUUGAUGCCUUCUUUAAGAAACCCUGAGAUCAGAUAAUCAGGUUUUUCCCACUGAGAUUCUGUUGAUACACAUAAAAUCUCAGCUCAGCACCAAAUAUUUCUUUAAAAGUUAGGAUUGAAGAACAGCAGUGGACAGGAUGUCAGGAGCACUAGCAGUUCUUUGGCUGCAGCCAUCUUGAAAUUGGAUCCACCUGCUUGUGCAUGAGUACAUCCAAAGUAGAAGCACCCAUUGGUUGUAACGCCAUCUUAGGAAUAGGUAUAUGCAUGAGAACAGUUGUUUCUGCUUCAAAGGUAGUGGUACCUUAAUCCAGUAACAGUGCCACUGACUACCUUGCAGUUUAAAGUCCAGAUCACUGAAUUUUCACAAGUGCCAUGUUAUAUCCAACUCUGCAAACUGACCGAUUCACAUGUAAUGCUAAGCAAAACCAUCGUUUAGCACAAACAAGAGAAGACUGUGCCUGCUUUUAAGCUCAUGCAUAGCCUGAAGUUGUGCAAGUUUUAAUACAUUGCUCUUUGUGAAAACUAGGCCCAAGGAGAAGUAUGGGAGCAGGCCAGGCUGAAACAAUGUGCAGUGUGCUUGUGUCAAAUGAACAUCCACAUUGGCAUAGGCCUGAAUGGCUGAAAAUAUUUCAGAUUCCUCACCAUGAAAGAACAGUAUCCUACUGUGUGCCAGAAAAAAAAUUGUAAGCACAUACCAUGUGCGGGCAUGUUCAUGUGCAGCUGGUCUAGGGGGAAAAAACGGGGAGAAAUGUCCAUAUUCUUAGCCAGCACCACCCAAUUUCAGCUGCCUGAGAUUGUUCUAGCCCUUUUGAACUUGACUUCACACAAUUAAGGGUUUUUCAGACUCCAGAGAUGAAUUUUGAAAGGUCAUGUGUUCCAGAAACUACUACAUUAUGAACCUCUACUAUCCCUGCCACUGGAUGGUUUAAUUUACAUUUUUAUCCACAUAGCCCCCUUUUAGACAAAGCAAGCUGCAUUGUAAAUUUAAUCAAGUUUACAACACUGCUCACUGGUUAAAUAAUGUAAACAAAAAAUACCUUGUUGAAAUGGGAUUGUGGCAUGUUUUGUGUGUGCUUCAACUAUGCUUUCUGAAAAACCUCUCAGUAUUUCAAGUAGUGUCUUCAGAAUAACCCCAAAUAUUCUGAUAAGGACCCAUACACCACUGAUGUUUGUGAAGUUAUAAAAUAUAAUUGGUGGCAUUUCCCCAUAGAACACAAUAUUAAGGCACUAAUAAUCAGCAUACCAUUCUGUGCAUGCUUCAGACUUCUGUACCUGAAUGUCCUGCAAAUACUAACUUGAACUAUCAACUCAGGUUUAUUUGGAACCCAAUGAAACGUUGGGGGAAGCAAGAGAGAGCUGUAUUUUUUGUGAACAAAUGGUAAAUACAUGUAAUAGCAGAAUGAAAUAA